AUGUCUUAUUACUACACUGAACCCGUUUCACUUGUUAACCUUCCCCCUGGCUCUGCCGCCCACCCCCUUCCCGCUGUCUAUCCCCAACCCGACCCCAAUCUUCAAUUCAACGAGCCCUUCAACGAACUCGUGCGCAUCUUGCGCUUGCACCGCCACGGGCGGGCUCGUCGCAGGGCAGCUCGCAGGGCAGAACGAGUUGGUCGCGAGCGGGGAAACCAGGCACAAGUCAAUCAGCUCGACCAGAUGAACUCUUCCCUCUUUCAUCUGUCGCGAGAUCCCUCCAGUCUGCCUGCAGUAGUUCUGCAACGCCAGAAAAUGAUCGAGGAUAUGGCCAAUGCUCGCCCAGAUCCAACCCGCUUCUCACCCGCACCAAAUUUGACCCUACAGCAAAUUCGCCAGUUGGUGGAUUUUGUCAAGUCCUCUCCCCAUGCCCGUCGCAUGCCUUUUGACCAGAUCCCCGCUGCCCUUGGACUGGACUGCCCUGAGCGCACCAUUACCCUUGCCCUCGCCCGAAAUGGGUUCAAGUCGUACCCCGCCAUCGUCCGACCCCGCAUUGACGAGACCACCCGCCAGGCCCGUCUCCACUUCGCUACCACGCACGUCCAGUGGACUGUCGAGCAGUGGAAAAAUGUCCUCUUCACUGGCGACAUGCGACUUUACAUUGACCAGCCCCGCGAAGCCAUGGUCACUCGCGAAGCCGACGAGAGCCUUCACCCUGAUUGCAUCAACCACCUUCCUCACUCCCCCGCUGAUAGCCAAACCAACAUGCUGUUCAUCGCUCACUUCUCAGGUGCUACUGGCAAAGGUCCCUUCAUCCUGUGGAACACUCUCAUGGACUGUCUUCAUGGUAAUCUCACCCAAGAAAACUACUUCCGAGUCUGCUACCCUUCAUUCGAAAAAUGGCUUGACCAACAGCGUCCCACUGCUCUCUUUGCUCAGCGACCUGACCGCGAGAUGGCCUUCUACUCCGGUGUCGCUUACAGAGAUGAAGUCCAAGGACGACACAUGACCGUCCUGUCUCUCCCUCCUGCCUCCCCCGAUCUCAACCCUCUCACUGAGAUCUUUAACCACAUCCAGGCUGCUGUCCACACUGACAGAACCAACCCCCGCGAAUAUUACGAUUGCGAGGAGACUCACAUUGCUAGACUUGCCCGACAGACUUGGAAGAGCAUCUCCGAUGACUACGUCCGCGAGCUUAUGGAAAGCAUGACCGACCGGUGCCAGGCCGUCAUUGACGCCGACGGCCUGUACACUCGCUUCUAA